AUGAUGUGCAGAAGACCUUCAAUGAAGACUCUGCCUGGCUUUUCACUUGAAGCUACUUGUAAUAUUGAAAUUUCAGUGCGUAAAAAAGUAGUCAGUGCUUAUGAUCAGUCAGUGGAGUGCUACAUGAGUCUGUUGAAAUAUCUGUUCAGCUUUUCAGGUUCUCAACCAACAUUUCUGGAUUUUGCAGGUGAAAUUUUGUCUUUGAAUAUCCAUGACUGUACUUUGAACAGAAAACAAAUACCAGAUACUCUAAUAGGUUUUGGAGAUACACCGCUGAAGCCAAGACCAACUGAACAUUCAAGGUAUUUCCAGUUCCCUGGAAGAAACAGCACACCAUUGAAAAAUGACAGUAAGACAGCACUUGUGCUUGUGUUAGGCUGGAUGGCUGUGGGCACUGGUCUUACUACACACGAAAAUAGACUUCUCAGGAUCAUUAGAGCAGCAAGUGAGAUUGCUGGCCGCGACCAGCCUGUGCCUGGCAAGCUGACAUGCUCAAGGAUGAGGAAUGGUGUGGUCCUUGUAUCUCUGGAUCAAAAUGAACUUGUUUCGAAACUCGUGGGAGAGGGGACUAAGCAUCUGCAGUUAGAGAAACUCUCCAGAAAUUCAUGUGCCAUAGUUCCUGAUCUGACUCAGCAUUCUGGUUGCCUAGAUACAGAUAUAAACAAAAGUGUCUCCCUGACUGAGGAGGAACAGCCAGAUGAACCUGAUGGCCCCCUUCCUGGCUCAGCCAGUGAUCAGGAAAACAAAGUAAGAUUAUCUCCAUUCAAAAUGUCAACCAAGAACUCUACAGAUCUAGUUGAAUAUGCUGGCAAGGAUCAUUCUUUCCUUCCUGUCAUUCCAAACACCCAGCGAAGUCAGAUAGAAGACAAGCUGAACAACCAGGAGCACACCAUAGCUUUCCUCCUUGAGCAAGCUUUCCGCAUCAGAGAGGACAUCUCUGCUUGUCUUCAGGGGACCCAAGGCUUUCGAAAAGAGGAGCUGUUUGCCAGGAAGUUGCUGGAAAACCAUAUCCAGAUCAUCACCAGCAUCGUCAAAAAUCUCAGCCAAAACAUUGAGGUUUUAGAAGACCAAAUAAGAGUCAGAGACCAGACGGCCACAGGAACUAAUUUUGCAGUGCAGGAGCUGAACAGCAGACACCUUCAAGGAGUCGGAGACCUUCGAGGAAGAGUAGCCAGAUGUGACGCCAGCAUUGUGAAGCUUUCUGGAGACAUUCAUUUCAUCAGAAACGAGUACCGGCAAAUUGAAAAUACGAUUCAAGAGCUCAUAUCUUCCCUAGAAAAUGUUUCUAAGAACUUGGAUAUUAAGGUAAUGCAGCUCUUAGGAAAGAUAGAGGCUUCUAAUUAUGAACAAACCUCAAAUUUAAAGACGAUCCAAGGGGAUUACCGCCUUGAAAUGAACCUUUUGGAGUUCAAGCUGAAUUCACUUUCCAAUAAUCUGUAUGAGGAAGUGGAGAAAAAUAAAAAAAAGUCAGAGAGCCAGCACAUCACAUUCGAGAAAGACCAGGUGAGCCAAAUGAAGUCGUGUCUGCAGCUCCUGCAGGAGAAACUGGAAAAGUCUGAAAAGAAAAUGGAAGAAAAAUUACUGCAGCUUUCAAGCAAAUUAGAUAAUUUCCUUAACACACACAAACAGGAUGCAGAACUAAGCAAAGUUAAGCACACAGAAAACAAACUGUAUAAAAAGAUGAGCCAACUGGAACAGCACAUCUGGGAUGAGUUAGAGAAAAUGCAGAAUGAAUAUCAAUCAGGAUUUAAAUCAAUUCAUGAUUCUCUCAGCUCCCUCCAACAAAUACAGAAAACAAAGAUGGAUUUAGAGAUACGUAAAGUACAUAAAGACCUAAAGAAAUUACACCGUAAGAUAGUUGAUCUCCAGGAAGUGUGAAACUUUCCAGUCUUCUUUUUUACCAGCCAAUGGAAUGGUUUGUUGAUAAAUCUUGAGAAGAAGAAAGUUAAUAUCUGAUGUUUAUUGCUUCCUCUGUCUCUGUAUUUCUUACCACCUUUUUAAAGGAGAUGAAUGUAUUAAAAAAUCCAAUAAAGCAAAGAAGCUGUAUGAGGUUUUCAUUAAUUUAAAAAUUAAUGAUUUUUUACAUACAUGCAUUUUUAUUUACCUAAAAAUAAAAAAAAGAGC